AUGUAUUUUAAGGAAGAAUCAAUGUGGAAUUAUUCAACUUACAACAACAAUAACAUUCAGAAUAAUGAUGAUCAUCUCUUUGCUGACUUUAGGAUAGAUGAUAGUGCAAUCAACUUAGUGAAUAACGAUGAGAUUAUUGGUUCUUCGCGAGGUCAAUCUCUAUGCCCUUUUGGUAAUGGAGUGGAUUAUACUGUGAAGAAAGACAUUUUUGAUACUGAAUCUAACAUUUAUAUUGAAAAGGUUCCAACAUGUAGACAACACGACAAUACAGAUUUCGAUCCUUCUGAAAUAGCGUCUGGAAAUGACUUGACACAUCUUGUGGAUGCACUUCAAAAAUACACAGUUCCUUAUUCUAGUGAUACAAAUAUGGAUUUGAGAUUUCCAACUGGACCCAUAAUUCAUCAAAAUAUUUCUCUUAACCAGCUAUCCAACAUCACUCAGGAUGGUAAUAGAGAUACAAUUUUUUUGAAAAGUGAGGAAAUAGAAAGUAGAAAUACAUAUAUGACUCAUGAAUCAACAUGGAGGUUCAAUUUUGGUAUAACAACUCCAACUAUAAGGCCUAAACUUCUAUUAAGAUUCAAGGAAAAAAAGAAAUUACGAGACUUUGCCAAAAAAAUAAGAUAUGCUUCUCGAAAAUCUAGAGCCGACAAUCGAAAGCGUGAGAAAGGAAAACAAUUGAGUCCUGAGAAAGGAACCAUCCUUUUUGGUUCUCACAUAAGAGGACUGUGUGAAGACUCGUUGCUGAAACGUGUUAGAGCACAUGAACUCAUUUUUCAAAUGUAA